CGAGGGCCAGGCACCCCUGCCUGGACACUUCUCUUGGCCACUGCACCGGAGGACCAAGCUGCCGCGUGGAUUCCAACCAUGGCGCCGCGCUAAGCUAGCAGGUGCCGGGAUCCCUCUCCGCGUCCUGUGCUCGGGAAAAGCUCUGGAAGCUAGAGGUGGACUGAAAAGAAAGGCGCAACCAGAGAGGGGUUGAAGGCAGAUCACUCGCAGCAUGGUGCACCUGGGAAAUACAGUCACAUCUGGGAUUUCUUCUUCCGUCCUAUCCUGGGGCCUUUAUCAUCAUCCCAUGGUACCAGCAUCUCCACAAUUUUGGGGUCUCCACUGAAACUGAGUUGCACCUUCUGGGCUUUCUUUGAGGACUCUCAUCCUGCCAUUUUGUGCCAAGUCUCAGCAGCCUGAACACAACAAGAUACCCAGCCCAUUCUUGGCCUCUGCUCAUCCCCAAGAUGAUUCACUGAGAUGGGAGGCAGAAAGUGUCAAUGAUUCUUCAGUUUCUUAGUUUUACAGUGUUAACAAUAUGCUUAUAGGAAACAAUUGUGCUUGAGUUGUUCUGGAAGGUUGUGGUUCCACUAGUUUCUGAAUGUGCUUAACAUAAAUGAAUUUGUCUUCUUUUACAAGGAGAAGGAGAGUUGCAUUCUGGAGUUGACUGCUCAUGGCACACACUGUUAGAGAAUGCUCAUUGGCACUUAUUUUUUUGUUCAUGUGGCUGUUGAUUAAAGCAAAUAUAGAUGUGUGCAAGCUUGGCACCGUGACUGUCCAGCCUGCCCCUGUGAUUCUACUUGGGUCAGCUGCCAAUAUUUCCUGCUCUUUGAAUCCCAAACAAGGCUGUUCGCAUCAUCCCAGUUCUAAUGAAUUAAUCCUCUUAAAGUUUGUCAAUGAUGUCCUUGUCGAAAAUCUACAUGGCAAAAAAGUCCAUGACCACACUGGUCACUCCUCUACUUUUCAGGUCACCAACCUGUCCCUUGGUAUGACCUUGUUUGUCUGCAAGCUAAACUGUAGCAACUCUCAAAAGACACCAAUGCAAGUGUGUGGGGUGGAGAUCUCAGUUGGUGUUGCUCCGGAACCACCUCAAAACAUAACAUGUGUCCAGGAAGGAGAACAUGGAUCUGUGGCCUGCUCCUGGAACUCUGGAAAAAUCACUUAUCUGAAAACCAAUUACAUUUUACAGUUAAGUGGACCAAACAAUCUGACCUGGCAGAAACAAUGUUACUCUGACAAUCGUCAGAAUUGUAAUCGUCUGGAUCUUGGGAUCAAUCUAACCCCCGAUUUAGCUGAAUCCAGGUUCAUAGUCCUUGUUACUGCCACCAAUGAUCUUGGAAAUUCUUCUUCACUUCCGCAUAUGUUCACGUUCUUGGACAUAGUGAGCCCUCUUCCUCCUUGGGACAUCAGAAUCAACUUUCUAAAUGCUUCUGGGAGCAGAUGUACACUGCAGUGGGAAGAUGAGGGACAAGUGGUACUCAAUCGACUCAGAUACCAGCCUCUUAACAGCACAUCCUGGAAUAUGGUUCAUGCUACAAAUGCCAAAGGAAGAUAUGACCUGCAAGGUCUGAGACCAUUUACGGAAUAUGAAUUUCAGAUCUCCUCUAAGCUACAUCUCUCUGAAGGAAGUUGGAGUAAUUGGAGUGAGUCACUGAGAACACGAACACCAGAGGAAGAGCCUGUUGGGACAUUAGACAUCUGGUACAUGAAACAAGACAUCGACUAUGACAGACAGCAGAUUUCUCUUUUUUGGAAGAGUCUGAAUCCAUCAGAGGCAAGGGGGAAGAUCCUCCACUAUCAGGUGACCUUACAAGAGGUGAUGAAGAAAAUGACACUGCAGAAUACUACAAGACACACCUACUGGACCGGGAUCAUCCCCAGAACUGGGGCUUGGUCUGCAUCUGUGUCUGCAGCCAACUCAAAAGGUGCUUCUGCACCCACUCUCAUUAACAUAGUGGAGCUGUGUGGCACUGGGUUGCUGGCUCCUCACCAGGUCUCCAUAAAGUCAGAGAACAUGGACAACAUUAUGGUGACCUGGCAGCCUCCUAGGAUAGCUGCUUCCACUGUUCGGGAGUACAUAGUGGAAUGGAGGGCUCUCCAACCAGGGAGUAACAUGAAGUUUUCCCCACACUGGCUGCGGAUCUCCCCCUACAACACGUCUGCUCUGAUUUCAGAGAACAUAAAGCCCUAUAUCUGUUACGAAAUCUGGGUUCAUGCACUGUCAGAGGACCAAGGAGGGUGCAGCUCCAUCCGGGGUGACUCCAGGCACAAAGCACCACUGAGUGGCCCUCAUAUCACUGCCAUCACAGAGAAAAAGGAAAGCCUCUUUAUUUCCUGGACCCACAUUCCAUUUCCGGAGCAAAGGGGCUGCAUCCUCCGUUACAGAAUAUACUGGAAAGAACGAGACUCUGGAGCACCACCUGAGCUCUGUGAAAUUCAGUACAGACACUCUCAAAACUCACAUCCAAUAAGCAGCCUACAGCCCAGGGUGACAUAUGUCCUAUGGAUGACAGCUGUGACAGCUGCUGGUGAAAGUCCCCAAGGAAAUGAAAGGGAAUUUUGUCCACAGGGCAAAGCCAACUGGAAAACAUUUGUGAUAUCAAGCAUUGGCAUCGCUAUCAUCAUGGUGGGCACGUUCUCAAUUCGUUACUUUCGGCAAAAGGCAUUUACUCUCCUUUCUACUCUCAAGCCUCAAUGGUAUAGCAGAACCAUUCCAGAUCCAGCAAAUAGCACUUGGGUAAAGAAGGAUCCCAUUAUGGAGGAGAUCCAGCUACCUACGGAUAAUCUCCUGAUGGCCUGGCCCACUCCUGAAGAGCCUGAGCCCCUGAUCAUCAAUGAAGUCCUCUACCAAAUGAUUCCAGUCAUCAGACAAUCCUAUUGCUUCAAAAGAGGACAAGGGUUCCAAGGUUACUCUACCUCCAAGGAAGACACAAUAUAUAUUGCCAACAAUCCACAAGCUACAGGAACUCUCACAGCUGAGACAAGACAAUUAGUGAACCUAUACAAGGUGCUAGGAAGCAGGGACCCUGAUUCAAAAUUGGGCAACCUGACCAGCCCCUUGACAGUCACCCCAGUGAACUACCUUCCUAGCCAUGAAGGCUAUUUACCCUCCAACAUAGAAGACCUACCACCACAUGAGGCUGAUCCAACUGAUUCUAUAGACCUGGAGCAUCAACAUAUUUCUCUUUCCAUUUUUGCAUCAAGUUCUCUCCGCCCACUCACCUUCUGUGGUGAGAGGCUGACUCUAGAUCGGUUAAAGAUGGGCUAUGACUCCCUUAUGAGUAAUGAGGCUUGAUACUCAAUGUACCCCAUAGUAGAAUUACAAGGGCAGCACAAUAUAUUUGUCCAGUUCCUACUCCAAUGGUCACGAUAUUUAGUAGUAUCAGGCCUAUCUAUAGCUUCAGGACAGUGCUGACAAACCAGCUGCCUCAGCUUCACCAAAGGGACUUAAGACUAAUGGAUAAGGAAGUAAGACACCAACACUGAUAAUCAUAAAUAUAGAAGGGGCCCCAAGAUAGGCUGAUCAGUUUUCUCUCUCUCCAAUACCCCCCUCACACUCACUCACACACACACACAGAGAGAGAGAGAGAGAGAGAGAGAGAGAGAGAGAGAGAGACAGACAGGUGUUUCACCUUUAACUUCUGUCAAUCACUAUCAGCUUGAUGGAGAAUUGCCUCUGUGCUCUUACUCCAUUUAAUCAUGUGCUGCCUUCAACAUCACUUAUGUCUGGUCUAAAACAUCAAUCUACAAGAACUGUGACUUUGCUGUUUCUUCCUAGCUAUGGCCUGAUUCAGCAGGCUCUCCUAUCAUACUACUGGCAAAGUCCAGUGCCACUUGAAAGGUCCAAGACAGUUUUUUCUUAAAAUAUCAACCCUGAUUAUCUCCACCCCAUCCUCUCCAGUAACACUACUUCUCUGUUUAGUAUUUUCAUUUAACAUAGUAUCUAUUGCAAAUCUGUACUUCCUUUCCUAACCUAACAAAUUAGCAAUGUGUCCAUAUAACCCAGUCCUAUCAAUUGUUCUCAUCUUUUGUUUACCAAACUUCCUAUGCACCUAGAAACUGAAGCUAUUAGUUUGCACAUAAACAUCCUUAGUCGACUGCCAUGACAAGGCUACCUUUUCUCAGGCCAAUUUACUAGUAAUGUAGUAAAUUACUGCUGUACUUACUCUUGUUGGAUUUUCUAUUCCCUCAAAGCCUUAGGUGAUAUUUAAUUCCUCUUGUCAAGGUUUCUCAACUAAAAGAUCUAUGUAAGGCUGAAAGCCUCUUCCACUCUUUCCUUCGUAAGAUUCUCUUAAACCUUAGUAUUAUACUACAAUCAACUUAGCAAGCGCUUCCCAGUAUAGUGCCUAGUUGUGUCACCUGUCAUCACUGUUCAGCUGGCUUGCUUCCCACCCUCUACUCUAGCACAAGCUUUUGAAGGAACUACUGAAACAUUAACACGUGGUGAAUUUAUCACUUUGCCUGAUAGAUCUCUCAAUGAAUGUCAGAGGACUGUAUAAUGGUCAGGAAAAGUCCUGACCAUUCCAAGUAAUUUCUGUGAUUUCUUGCAAAACGUCUUCCCUUGAUCUGCAGAUAAAACUCCAAAUACAG